GGGUGGUGGCGGUGACUCCUUGCUGCGGCCGAUGACUAGCUCAACUCGCUCACCACUCUGUCAAGGUGCAGAUCAGACCGAGUCUUCACCAAUCUGAAAUGAUACGCGACGACAGCAAGAAUCAUCGGUUUCCUGAAGAAAUGGCAAGGCCGGUGAAGGGAGGCUAUCUACUCAGGCAUAAAAAGCGUUUGUUUGGCCGAGCGUGGCGGGAGGAGUGGGUGGUGCUGUACGACGACUCUACGCUGGCGUGGUUCAAGGAGAAGGGUCGCGGGGAACCUGAAGGUAGUGUCGUGGUCAAGGAAGCCCCUGAGAUGCUGGCAGUAUCCCAAUGGACAUUGAGGAUCCCUGGUCGUCCCGUGCUGCCCUCGGGCUGUCAUGUCGUUCAGCUCAUGGCGUUCGGCACCCGUGGAGGUGACAAAGUCCAUUGGCUACUGGCUCAGUCCGAGGAGGAAGUCAACCAUUGGAUGACAGCCAUCAGCAAUACGCUGCCACCACCCCCGCAGACGCAGACAGACAACAAGUCUAACCACGACUGUUUAGAUUCUCAGCCACAGCGUCUGUCCCCCACUACCGUCCAGAUCACAAACGGUGACAGUCCUGCCAUCACCAAGAAGGACGUUGUAGACUGUGGGUGCAGCGAUGGAGGAGUUGGUGGAGGUGGCGUGGGGACGACACUACUACUGUGGGGACAAGGUCUGGGCUGGAGCUGGACCUAUCCUUCGCCUAACCGCUGCACCGCCAACCAUCACUGCUGCUGCUGCGACGCUGCUCCACAACCACAUGACGUAAGCCACAACCAGUGCUGCGGUUGUGACGCCACCAGCAACCAUCAGGCACAACCUCCACCACCACCCUCCACCACCUGCGUUGACCAUCACCACCUCCACCACCACGACGUCAACCUCCACCACCUCUACGACACCUGCAACUACGCCAUGGACGACGUCGACUACUCCAUGGACUGUAGUGGUGACUUUGGCUUUUAAUUAGCGCUUCGACUAGGAAACAAUGCCCCUUCUACUCCUCUGUGUUCACCGAGCUGGGAGCUGGUCUCUCGGCUCUCGAUCGAUGUUGCGUGUUAUUUAUCUAGUGAGUAAGAAUUUCGUACGCGUCUAAGGUUCAAACCGUUACCGUCUCGUAAACAAAUCGGCUUUACAACGAUUGUAGACUACGAGGCUAUUCGUCGUAAAACUGUCCACAAAUUAUUCGUAAUCGACGGAAGACAAUCUUUUCGACUAAUCGACUGAUGUACAAUGUACAUUACUGGUGAUCGAAUAAUCUACUCAGUAGACUUAGUUGUGAUAAGUAAUUGGAAACCUCUUGCGGUAACCUAUUCUCAAUACGAAAAACUGACCAGUGCGUCAUCACCUCAACGGUCAGCGUAGACUAGUGCAUCCCUUGUCAACGUCAACAGAAUGUCAAGUACCAGCCGAUAGAUUGGCGACCCCAAUAACUAAGUGUUCACAGCAAAUUGUCUGACUUAAAUGUUUGUAGUUGUUGUCUAUUUAUACCUUUUUAUACCUGAAAAUACGAUUUUUUAAAUUUUUACAGACAGAAAUUCUGCAAUUUUCCAACUCCCGAGUGUGAAUAUAUGUACAUAAUAGCAUUGACCAAGCCGUUGAUCCAACGGCAUUUCGAUCGAAACCGAUGUUAUUCGAUAAUCGUUUUCGAUUCGCAGAUUGAAAUAUUUGUUGUAAAUCCAUUUUAUCGAACAUAGUUGUCUACCGAUAUAGUUUAAAUCGUUGUAAUUUAUUCGUUUAACACAUUACGUUUAAGGUUAAAACGCGUUUGCGAACAGGCGAAUAAGGAGUCUAACAUCAAAACUUGUACAAAGAUACAAUCGAUGUUUUUCACUCAGUUGGUGUUAAUAGUCAACUAAUGUGAGAUAAAUGUCCGUUAGUUUGCUUUAAAUACCCACAGACUUGUUCGUAUAUAGUAAUAAACAAUACGUUAGGCCCUCUUAGGAACU